AUGGAGACUUUAGAUGAGUGUCCUUGUGUAAAACCUGUGCAGCAGUCGCUUUACAACAUGGACAGCCUGAUUGAUGUUUCUUCUUCGAUGGAUGAGGAACAGCUGGAGAUCGAGAAAAAACAAAAUUGCAUGAUCGUGUCUUCUGUGGAUUGUUUGUAUUCGGAUCCAACUCUGUUUGAUUCGUUUCCUCUACCGAUUGGGUUGAUUAUCCACCCGUUUUUGCACAAUUCGGAUUCUACCAUACAUAUCAAAUCGAAACCCGUGCGCUGUGAGAAUUGUGGGGUGGUGGCGUCGAAGUUGAGCGAGGUUGAGUCAAAUGGCUGUUGGAAGUGCACCUUUUGCAGUUCAAUCAGUUCGGAACCAUACAAAGGGGAAUAUAUAAAUAAGAACAAACAAAUCAAUAUUCUGGAGUGCUACCCGGAGCUAUCGGAGGAUGCGGAAACGGUUGAAUUUGGAACUUGUUCGGAAGAUGAGAACACGUUAUACUCUCCGACUCUGGACACGCAUGCUAUAAUUUUUGUGAUCGAUAAAUCCUUAACGACGAAGCAGUUUUUACACAUUCAAAAUUCCUUGUCUGUUGUGUUUAUAAUCGAGAUCUACGAACUGGGAGGCCAAAUCGGAGAAGCCGACGUGUAUCCUGGAUCUCAUUUACCUUCCGCUGCAGAUGAGCAGUAUGUUCGUGUUCACGAACGUGAGGGCAGUGAUCGCACGAAAGCUUCCGAGUCGUUUGCCAGUUAUCUCGCUCCUUUCGAAGUAAACCAAACUCGUUUUUUGGACAUCUUGAGCACGUUUACUGUGAAAGAAGAGCGAAUUCAUCCGAUUUCGAUCCUCACCUUUCUCACGGCUACACGAUAUGCGGAGCUGCUCUUUAGUACCGGCGUAUUCGCUUCGGGACAGAUCAUCGUGUGCACCCAAGGCUUUUUCUACGAUUUGCCUUCAGAUCCUUAUUUGCGGAUGGGUUCAGCAGAGGAAAUCGUAGACGCCGAGCUGUUACAUCAGCGAUUGUUUUGCUACCAAAAUCAUCUUGUGAUCGACGCUUAUCUAAGCGGGUGUAUGUACAACUCCAUCCGAAUCCUCAAAUCUUUGAUUACGCCUCCCGGAGGCUCCGUUUUGCUCCUCGCUGAUUCCUUUCAGACCGAUUUUAUCAACUGUAUCGCUCGCUCUUUCCACUCUGCGAGCUCUUCCUCCACGCUCACCAUCCACAUCGGAGAAGGAAUGGAGGUCGAGCGCGUCCUCGGCACCUGCAUGACCUCCUCCAUCAAACGGUUUGGAAACUCCUCUGUGGUGACCGUCGAAUUGGGGCGUUGCUUCGCCUCGACUUCGAUCACGCUGCUGCUCAGCGCUGCUCCGAAUCGCCGUCCGCUUCCCUGGAAAAUCCCUGUAGGAGUCGAGAUCGCGCUUUCCGAGCAGAUCCAAGCGGAGAUCAGCUAUGUGGAUCGCGUUUCCAAGCAGCGUUUGACGCGUUUGCAGACGUUCUGCGUGCAAGGGACCGACGAUCGCGUGGACUUCCUCAGCCGCAUCGACGGCUACUCGACGGCGGUGCUCAUCGCGAAAGACGUUUGCAGCAACGUUGCUUCGCUCUCUUCUGGUUCUGUUUAG